UCUCUGUUCAGUGGACUCUGUCUUCCACCUUUAUGUGGGUUCUGGGGUUCAAGCCCAGGCCCUCAGCUUACACCACAGGCACUUUUACCUACUGAACGAGCUCAGGGGCCGUUUAAUUUCUGAUAUGGUGUGUCUGACUUUGGGUACAGGUCUUCCAGACUGCAGAGCCGUUCCUGCCAUGGGGCUGUCCAGCGCCUUCCUUGGCCUCCUGUUCCUCUCGGGGACACUGGGUCUCACCACUUCCCCAACCAGAGGACGACUCCACUGUUACACCUGCAGCUUUGCCAAGCCCUGCUACCCUGUUCUCACGGAGUGUCGGGAAGAUGAGGUGUGCGGUGUCAGUGUUGGCACCUCAGGUAGGACUGGUCGUAUGGCCCUUCUUGGGGGUGGCUCCUCAACUCUCUCUUUUCUGCCGUUCCUGCCGCCCCAACCUCAGCUCUUUUGUCCCGCAGAGCAAAACAAGGAUGUCAUCGAGCGGAAAGGCUGCCUCCCAAGAGCCCAGUGCCCUCUGCUGGGCCAUACUACCUACUGGUCACGGUCCUACACUCUCCAGCAUCAGUGCUGUGAGCAGGAUCUGUGCAACACUGCUGCCUCACAGCGACCCCCCAGCCUUCCCCUCAUGACUCUGCUACCCCUUGCAGCCAUCUUUGGCUGGAGAGUACAUAUCGUCCUCUAGCCCGUGCGUCCACGACUGUCAGCCCGGGACUCCAGUGUCACCGUGGGCAUGAAAACACCUGCACAGACGCCCUUGAGACACACCCAAGAACAUCACUUUGUAUAAAAACCUCAGCCACCGAACCCAGUACAGAUCCGGUUCCUACAGCUGGAGUUCCGCUUCCCGCAUGCAAGUGUCCAGAACCUCACCUCAUAAGAGACCCUGGCUGCCUUUAACCUACAUGUCCCAGGUCAGCUACCCUGAAUGAGCCGUGGGGUCCCAGGCAAAGGGACAGAAGUGGCACUGGGGCUGGUGAGAAAUAGAGUACUGCGAAGGGAAAUGAGACUUGGUGCCUGAGGGUCUCAAGAACAGAGGGCUACCUUGGGGAGCCAUAAAGAGUGUAUUUAAUAAAACGGGCUGUUGGGUAGAGAUAGCUCAUUGAGUGCUUGCCUACCAUACACAGGGCCCUGGGUUCUACCCCCUACACCACCCAUCAAUCAAUCAGUCGGUCAAUAAGAUGUAAAAAUAGUGAGAGAGUUGUGUGUGAACCUGGUAAGGACCCAUGCAGUGGUGUUGGUGAAACACAUGAGGGUGCACCUUUAAGAAUGAACUACAGCGGGCUGGAGAGAUGGCUCAGCGGUUAAGAGCACCCAACUGCUCUUCCAGAGGUCCUGAGUUCAAUUCCCAGGAACCACAUGGUGGCUCACAACCAUCUGUAAAGAGAUCCGAUGCCCUCUUCUGGUGUAUCUGAAGACAGCUACAGUGUACUUAUAUAUAAUAAAUGAAUAAAUAAAUCUUAAAAAAAAAUUAAAAAAAAAAA